AUGUCGGCCAUCUACAACCUCGAGCCGCAACCGACGGCAUCUGCGAUUAUUCACACAACACAGGGCGAGAUUGCCGUCGAGUUAUUCGCGAAGCAAACACCAUUGACAUGCCGAAACUUCCUGCAGCUUGCACUCGACGGUUACUACGACAACACCAUCUUCCACCGCCUGAUCCCUGGUUUUAUCGUUCAAGGUGGUGAUCCCAGCGGCACCGGUCAUGGAGGAGAGUCGAUCUACGAUAAUGGCGCGCUCAGCGGUGACCUCGACCCAUGGCCGAUGGACCAGAGAAGGGGAAAGAAUGCGGGACCUCAUGGCGUCAAUUUCAAGGACGAGUUCCACUCGCGUCUCAAGUUCAACCGCAGAGGUCUCUUGGGUAUGGCGAACGAAGGGGCACCAAACACCAACAGCAGUCAGUUCUUCUUUACGCUCGGCAAGGCGGACGAGCUGACGGGGAAAAACACCAUGUUCGGUCGAGUGGCCGGCGACACGAUUUACAACUUGGCAAAGAUCGGAGAGGCCGAGGUGGAAGAGGGCGGUGAGCGGCCCCUAUAUCCCAUCCAGAUCACGCGUAUCGAGAUCCUCAUCAACCCCUUCGAUGACAUGCAGAAGAGGGAGAAGAAACCCAGACCACAACAAAUUUCUAGGCCCACUCCCGCCGAGAAGAAGCAAAAGAAGAGGAAAGGCGGCAAGCAGCUACUCAGCUUUGGAGACGAGGUCGGUGAUGAGGAUGGAGAAGAGCUUCCUCUUCCCAAGAAACCCAAGUUUGAUACCAGGAUCGUGGCGGAUCUUGACCAAGACGAUUCAAGCAAGCAAAGCGCCUCGAAAAAGUCAUUUGCCAAAAAGGACGCCAAACCAGUGGCAAAGGAUGUACCAAAACGGGAAGAAAAGCCAGAGCCAAAACCAGUAAAAGAAAGCAGGAGGAGUCUAAGCCCACUGCCGGUUGCUCAGAAGAAAGAGCAGCUGCCCAAGAAGCACUACAGCGAGCAUUCGAGCCCAGAACCUGAAAAACCCAAGAAGAAGUCCCUCCUUGAAAAGACGAAUGAAGAGAUUGCGGCACUCAAAGCGUCAAUGAAAAGGACGAUCCAUUCAGAGCCAGUAAAGCAGGAGAAGAAGAAGUCGGCUCUGGAGCAACUGAUCCCGGAUACAGCCAUCCGCGGGAGAAAGCGCCGGCCAGGUGCAAGUAACAAUCCCACCCGGGAAGAGCAAGAAGCUUUGGACCUGCUCAAGUCUUUCAAGGCCAAGAUUGAGACGGCUCCACCAGAGAAGAAUGCGGCCCAGCCUGCGGUGAAUCCAGAUGUAGAGAAUGGCGAACAAGACGGUCAAGCAGACGAGGAAAAAGUGUGCGAUCUUCACUUCAUUGCUAACUGUCAAAGCUGCAAGGCCUGGGACAAGGUGGAGGACAAUGAGGAUAGCGGUGAUGAAGGUUGGAUGUCUCACAAGUUGAGUUUUGCUGCUGACAAGCUCGGGAAAGACCUCAGUUACCGGAAGAAGGCGGAGGAAGAGUUGGUGGUUAUUGAUCCUCUGGCGAAAGCUAGGACGCUCAAAGAGGAGAAAAAGGCCACCCGAGAUGCUAAGACGGGAGGCUCUUCAAGAGCUUGGGACCGGGGAAGACGGGACCGAUACUGAUUUAGCGGAUAAGUUGCCUCCGUCCUUGGUCUCUUUGUUGGUUCUGUCAUAUUCCAUAUUGCUACCUGUAGCUCAAGAACGGUGUGAUGAAAGUGUGCGUAUGUACGUCUAGUUUGUAGAAUAGCCAACCCAAAUGAUACCCUC